CACUGCUGUCAUGGCUGGGUAGACUAUGAUAUUCCUGACGCCGCUACAACAAUAUUUAUUCAAGCAAGCGAUACCAUCACGUUCUACCAGGUACUCCUCUCAAUGGUACCUACCUAUUCUCAAGCGUUGAGCUACUUUCACCUCUACACGUGCAUGUGGAUGCCCCCACGAUUACACCAAUGUUCGGUUCUUCAGUCGCACCCAGAAUCUUAAGAGCUCCAGGCCUCCAGCACGAAUAGCGUGCGGGUAAUCCUGGCCAUGGAAAGACCAUAUCGAUCCCGGAAACAAAGACCUUGCGACAAAUGUCGAGUCCGCAAAGUAUUCUGUUCUCGACAAGGUAAUGCCUCAUGUGCGCUAUGUCGCAAUCGAGGCAUAGAUUGCACGGUAGAAGGGGUGGCCAUGAGCGAAACGGUGAACAGUCCUAUCGUCGAAGAUGAUGGAGCUUUGUCGGUUGUCACGAGGAUCAAAAGCCCACAGAGAAGGUCUCGAGGGGCAGCCUCCGGUGAUUCGCAACACCCCCUUCAGUCGUCGGAAUCAAUGGGUAUGCCCACGAGAGUGGAACGAUUCGUCGGUCUCAGCAGUGAUCUGGAUCCUUUUAUACUCCGCCACUACAACUGGAAGACCAUGUUCGCAGAUGACGACGAGGCACCGUUUUCGUAUGAUCGAAGGGGAAAGGAUCCAUACACGCCGAUUCACUUCGAGCUGUCGAUGCAAAACCGGCUGGAGACGUCGUUGAGUCAAAGCUGCGCGAUUCCACUACUUGGGCAACUCGAGCCUUUCCAGCAAGACCUCUUUCAGACCUUUGAUCGUUACAUUCACCCGUCAUACCCUCUUCUGGGUCCGAAAAGACCACAUAAAGCCACCGCUGCUCCCAUACUGAAAAUAGCCAUUUGCUCGGUGGCGCACAAGAUUGGUUCGGUUGCGCAGAAGUUGCCAUCGGAUGUGUUCAAUGACUUCAACAUCCUGGGCCUUCCGACGGAACUGCGCUUGGCCCAGCUCGAAACGAUCGAGGGCGCUCUUCUGUUCCAACAGAGGAACGCGUACAAUGCUGGGUUUCCAGAAAAGCGCGGAAGUCACCUCGAGACGGGAAAUUUGGUCGCGGCCACUCAAGAUCUCGGUCUCAACAUUGACUGCACAGGUUGGGAGAUACCGAUACACGAGAAACGACGUCGACGGCGAAUCUGGUGGGCAGUCUUCAUUCAAGACAAGUGGUCAGCAUUAGCAUUGGGCCGACCACCUUACUUGACCGAAGCGCACACUAACGUGACAAUGUUGGAGCGUUCUGACUUUGCCGUACUGGGAGAGGAAGACCCUUCUGACAACGUUAGCCAAGGCGCCGACGUCUUCAUUGCCACAGUGCAUUUGACUCACAUCUUAGCCAUGAUCAUCGCCACGUUCUACUCGGUCCGUGGCCUCGAUAACGCCCUCUCCUUCCCAGUGGCAGAUAUUCAGUCCUUGUUUGAGAAGUACUCAAGAGACUUGGACCAUUGGGCAGCGGCACACUUUGAACCAUUGGCCGGUUCGACAGGGUCCAUAGACGUCACAGGUGGUCUUGAGCUGGCUGCGUAUACUGUCAGAAUCAUCCUGUUUCGCGCAAUUUUACCCAAAUUAGACAUAUUGCAAGCGCGGUCUAUGGAUCUCCGACACGAAGCAUCACUCACGAUCAAGCAAGUCACGAUAAUCCUCCGAAAUCUGACUAUCAGCCGCACAUCGGUUCUAUGGUGGCCAAUGCCGCACACUAAUCUCGCCACGAUCAGAACCUUCAUAGUCAGCAUGAUACUGUCGUCAACCGAGGACGCCGAUGCAGAUAGCUGGACUGCAGCUCUUACGUCUUACCAAGAACUGCUGAAGGCUCACAGUGCUGGGUUCCCCGUGACACGGUACGCAGCCGCGCAAGCAGAGCAGCUCCCCUUGAACACCAAUCAAUCAACCCCACAGAGUUCUCCAUGAGUCUUUCAGGCUCCUGGGCUUGGUGUUUCUGCAAUCCACUGGUGAGUCUACUUUCCAUGCUUUAUUCCUGUCCUCUUCAAUCUCGGAUCGUUGCCCGAGAUCACUAUGCAUUGAGAGGUUAGGCUCAUCUAAUGAGCAG